CAAGCAAAACGGCGCUGGUGCGACAAUUUGGUAAAAUACGCUCAGGUACCCAGGAAAAAACAUUGCCUACAUUGAUGUAAAGGAUUUAUAAUGCAAUACCAGCUUGGUGUUUGAUAGAUAUUAGAGCGCAGUUCUUUGACCUCGACUCACUGGAAAACGAUACAGGCGCUUUCAUCAACCCAUCGUCUAAGGGCAGACCGCCGGUUCGCGCUCUGCAGCGGCAAUAAGCGUCCCCUAUAAGCGCUGCGCCCCAGUCGUUCGCCCGCUCCCGCCAUGGCCGACGGCGGGCCCUCCGAGUGGGACAGUGACGCCGCCGCCCUGAAGCAGCUCCAGAUGCCGUUCGCGCUGCGUCUGAAGGGUGAGGACGCGUUCCGGCCGGACCGGCGGCGGCGCGAGGCGCUCAAACAGGAGGGCAUCACCCUGUUCGAGACGAUCGCCGAGGGCAGCUUCAGCAAAAUCCGGCGCGCCUACUUCCAGCGCGAGCACAAGGAGGUAGUGGUGAAGGUAAUCUCCAAACAGCGCGCGCCCGACGAGUACUACUCCAAGUUCCUGCCGCGCGAGCUGGCCACGCUGCGGCUCACCCAGGAGCACCCGCUGGUGGUCGAUCUGUACGCGGCCUACGAGGGGCCGGCAGCAUACUACCUGGUGAUGGAGUACUGCGAGCGAGGCGACCUGCUCGACUACGUCAACAAGAUGGGCUAUCUGAACGAGGUGGAAGCGCGCGCCUUCUUCAGGCAGAUGGUGGACGCCGUGCAGUAUCUGCACCACAUGGGCAUCGUGCACAGAGACGUCAAGCUGGAGAACAUGCUACUCAACGCCGACUACGAGAUCCGCAUCGCCGACUUCGGGUUCGCUCGGUUUCACGGCGAGCAGCUGUCAGAGACCAAGUGCGGCUCGUUCGUGUACACGGCGCCGGAGAUAUUCUACGGCCACCCGUACAACGCCGUGUGUGCCGACCUGUGGUCGCUGGGAGUCUGUUUGUACGCCAUGGUGUGCGGCCGGCUGCCGCUGGCGCAGACCCGCGCCGACCUGCGCGACCCGCACGCGCUGCUGACGGCCGCCCACCGCAAGGUGCACUUCACCAAACCGGUGACGGCCGAUUGUCGUGACACGACGCGCCGUCUGCUCAGUCCGGCGCCCGAGCGGCGGCCCACCACGGCCGAGCUGAAGCAGUGCGCCUGGAUGUGCCGGCCGCUGGCAGCGGAUGGCAGUGACGCCGCGCUGGGUGCCAGCUGGAGCAGCCACAGCUCGCUGCGCCGGCGGCCGUCGGCGCUGAGCGCGGCCGCCGCCGGCGAGCCGCAGCUGCCGGGCGCCGUGUGCGAGCAGCGCCACGGCGCCUUCCAGCCGACGCGGCCGGUGGGUCGGGUGCUGCGCGCGCUGGCCUCCGGGCGGGCGCGGGGCCUGUCGCGGCGCGAGCUGCUGGGCGGCCGGCCGGGCGCCGUGACCGGGGUGGCCGGCCCGGUGGGCCGCCAGCUGAGCCUGCUGGUGCUGCACGAGCAGCACGGCGCCGGACGCGGCGCGGCGCUCCGGCGCAGCACCUCCAACUCGAUGGUGCUGCUGCCCUCGGAGGCGGUGAUGCAGGCGGCGCAGAGCCGCACGGCACUCACAGUCCGCUCCGACCUGCAGAUGCUCAAACACUCGAUGGGCGGACAGGCGGCACGGGCGGCCAAACAAGAGGGACGCUCCGCCAAAAAGAAGGGCUCGGCCAAAUACACGUCGGCCAAGAUGCGCUGGAAGGCCGCGGUGCUGGCCAUGAAACGACAGCGCUUCAACCGCUGGCGGGAUCUCUGCCAGAAGCUGGGAAAGCUGCCGCACAUGCGCAUCGAGGACGCCGAGCAGGAGCUCGACCUGGAGCAAAACUUCGACUUCAGCCAGUUCUGAGAUCAAUGCGAUUACUAUAUCUCGAAGUAUGAAACGUCAUGCCAACCCGCACUACCCCGGCUAAAAGACUUCGCUUCCCAGCCGCAUUUUAGCGACGAACCAAGUUGUGUACGUAGGAACGUGUUUAUGAAUACAUCGUGCUAUUUGUAGCUCGUGAAUUAGUGCAACCAUGAAAACAAAACAGC